GAAAUGGUGGAUAUAAUCAUAGCCAUAUAACUUUAAUAAUAAACCAAAAACAAAUAAGAUAAUCCAAAUUGCAGUUGACAAACUUUCAAUUAAUAUUUUCAAUUGAGUAGACAAACGUAACAGCUAGGUGUAAACACUGGACUACACUGAGUAGAACUAAACUGAGGGCUUAAAAAGUAAGGAUAACAAACUGAACAAGAAACAGGUGAACAAAUCAAUCAAUAACCAUGACCAUGACAAACUAGUGCAUAAUCAGUAACCUAGGAAACAGAAUUUAAGCAGAAAAUCAGAUAAACAGUUCAUAACAUAAUGGAAACCUGACAUACAUACAUACAUAAAAUUUAAGUCCUUUGAUAAUUUGUCUUACAGUAAAUUUGGUAACCGAGCUGAAUGGAUGAUGUUUACAAUUAUAAUAAUAUGUUUAAUUGAAACUUCAGUCAGAUAUAUCUGAAACCCAAAUGCAUUUAUUACAAUACAUACCUCUAACAGCAACCGUCUUUACUCAUUUAGGGAACAGAUAUCCCAACUAGCUACCUUUUUUUCCUUUUUCUUUUUCCCUCCAACUAGCUUCCUGCCUGAUAUGGCUGGAAAAUCACGCUCAUCGCUGCAAUGUGUCAUUCUGUUGUUUUCUCUGUCAGAACGAUAGGCGGCAGCAUUACAUCUGCAGACCAACCGCUGAACCUCCUGUCUGCGAUGGAGAAGAAGCGCGUGGAAUAUUUUCAAUUCUAAAGUCAGGCGUUCAGUGAACUCGACAACCAGUAAAACUACACCGUUGGGCCCACUAAAAUCUCUUACAGUUAUUUGACCUGGUGUGCCAGAUAAUCAUUGAUUAAUCUCGUUGGAUCAUGCAUCCUAUAGAUGUGUCAAUCCCGUCUUUUCGAUCGGAGGGCAGUAACGUGGAGAAGGGCUACACGGUUUUUAAGAUCGAGGUGCUCAUGUAUGGUAGACAGCAUACUGUUGAGAAACGAUACAGUGAAUUUCACGCCCUGCAUAAAAUGCUUAAAAAGACAAUUAAACCUCCAGAAAUCCCUUCGAAGCAUGUGAGGAACUGGGUGCCUAAGGUUCUUGAGCAGAGGAGACAGGGACUAGAGCUCUACCUCCAGACUAUAAUCAUGGAAAAUGAGGUUCUUCCAAAGAUAUUCUUGGAUUUCCUCAAUAUCCGCCAUUUCCCGUCACUGCCAAAAACUGAGAGUUGUGGAUCAUUUGAAACUGAAUCAGAGGAAUCAAGUAAACUGACACAUCAACCAGCACUUCUCUUCCAGAGGGAUCCCUAUCUGCUGCCUGCCACCAACGAUACGUUUUCAAAUAUGGUUAUUGAAGGCGUGAUACGUGGAAUAUUUUAUCCAGACUUCCAGCCGAGGUAGAUCUCAGCACUACGGAUGGCAUCACAUCAAGUUCACGGAUAAAAAGGGAUUCAUAUUCAUACACCAACACUAAAUCACGCAGCACCAGUUUAACAGACUCACUCGUUACAGCCUUUAGAGUGUAGUUUAGUUUCAACACUCCAUGAGAUUUUGGUUUAUUUUGUGUUCUGUAAAUGUAGGAAUUGAGAUUUCAUUUUAGUGAACAUUCAUAUUGACUGUCGAAUCAAGAUCUCAUUUAAUAUGAGAAGUACCUCCGCAUGUAUUUGCACAUCUCUCCUCGUGUCAUAUAUGAGGUCAGAUGGAUUCUCAUCCACUGACUGUAUGUUUCUCAAGAUGAGGUGACUUAUCAAAUAAGGAAGUUGUUGGAAGAGCCUUUAACUUUAACAUUGUUAUUGAAUUAUUGUAUGGACGUUAUUUACUUUGUUUUUUACGUGGCAAAUGUUGAUUACCAACUUAUAAUUUGCAAAAAAGGGAAGUAAUGGGUGAACCAAACCAGUGUAAAGCCAGUGUAUAUAUAUAUCUUAUCAUGUUACUGCCCAGAACUGUGAAAAAGAGUUGUUAAAAGUAGAAAAGAACUUAAUUUACCAUGCAAGUUAGCUUUGCUAACCUGGAGCUAAGUAAAUCCUUUUCAGUGGGUUAACUUCUUUGUAAAUGCAAUUUAGUCUGGACUAAUAUUAGUCUAAUUUUUUUAGGAACUUCACUGUGUAGUAAGAAAGCAUGUGAACACUAGAUUUAAAAGCUUUUACACUACUGAUGGAAGUCGUAUUGGUGAAGAUAAUGCAGUUUGAGAGGUUAUGAGACAGCUGUUGUUAAACCUGUUUAAAUGUUAUAGUUAACAGCAAAUGAAAAUGGAUUUAUGUACCAUUUCAAGCAGUUCUACAGAAUUUCAGUGCUUAUUUUCAUUUAUAUGUCUUAAUUCUGUGUGUGGAUGAUGUGCCAUUCCAUUAUGUUUUAUUGUUGACACUUUGGAUUGUCUCUUGCACUUUAACAAGGGUGAAAAGAUCAGUUGUAACUGAAUAUCAUUUUAAACCUGAUAGCAAUAAAACAUCACACAUUUAUUCAUUAACUAAA